AUGCUCGCUACAACUCCAAAUCGCGGCGUCGUGUCGUUCUUUUUGAGCUUUCUGCUCUGCUAUGUUAUAAUCGCUCUCUAUUUGCGGUCCAAGUGCUACCGCGAUCCAUCCUCCCUCUUUUUUAGGCCUGAAUCCGCCCGAGUCCUGACAUAUUCUUCCUUUCGCAAGGCACAAGCCCGGAAAUAUGCAGAUCUAGCUACGCUACAUACCCCGACAAAAUGGGUCGCAAACUCCACCGUUCCCGAACUUUGUAUCGGCAUCGCUUCGGUGAGCCGGCAUGGGUUCUCUUAUUUGAAAGAAACCCUCGGGUCGGUGCUCGACGGCUUAGAUGAUCUUGAACGUCAACACAUCUACGUUGUCGUCUUCCUUGCCCACACCGAUCAAUCCCAACACGAAGAUUUCAACCAACCCUGGCUCAUCAACAUGGCCGACAAUCUCCCAACCUACCCAGACGACCCCGAAACCUCUGACCUUGUGCGACAGCUCGAGAUUAGCGGGGACUACGAAGCCCAUGCCCGAAAGCAGAAGAUUGAUUACACAGUACUACUAGGCGAAUGUACCAGUGUUGGCGCUAAAUACAUCAUGACCUUGGAGGACGACGUGAUUGCUUUAGAUGGGUGGUAUCACCGAGCUCUCGGCGCUUUGCAUACUGCCGCGAGGAAGACCCAAGAGCUCGGACGAGACAGCUUUCUCUACCUACGCGUCUUCUAUGAUGGUAGGCUCCUCGGCUGGAAUAGCGAGGAAUGGCCAUUAUAUGUCGAAUCAAGCAUAGCAAUAUUAAUUGCCGAAGUUUUGAUUUUGGUAACUCUUCGCUGGCGUAUCGUUAUGCUUCGUAAAACUCUGACUUAUUCGGUCGUCUUCUUACUCUGUGGGGUUUGUACUCCCAUGCUAAUCGGUCUAUUCUUCGCGGCCGGCCGUAAUUGCAUGCUACCAAAAGAACCCGGUGUUCACCUUAUGCAUAAGUACGGUUGCUGCGCCCAAGGACUCAUAUUUCCUCAGCGUCAGGUACUCGAGAACUUGCUCCCCCUAUACCGUGAGACCCACGAUAAUCACGCUGCCGUUGAUACAUUUCUAGAGGAUUGGGCCAAUAAUCACGAUAGCUUGCGCUGGGCUGUCACGCCAGUCUUGAUCCAGCAUGUCGGCGGUAAAAGCUCACACGGCGCAGGCGACCAGGAAUUGGGCUCGCUUACUGAGGACAUGCCAUUUGAUUAUUCGUUUGAGAUGAACGAUCCCAUCAAGCUCGCAAGGGAGCAUCAAGCAUGGGUUGCAGAGAUGUCGAGAUAG